UUGCAGCAACGCCAUCUAAAUACCGUAUCUUUAGUAACUGGUCAUGUACUUCUGCGCUUUUUCGUGCGUUGUGCUUUAAUUUGUCUCAUAGAUUGUACCGUACAGUCUAUACUGUUAGACUAUUUGCGCAUGCGUAGCGUUACCAAUGGAAAGGCAAACUUGUUUAGACCGGCUAACUCUUGGUCUUAUCGAAACUCUCCAGAAGAAGCGUGAUGUUUGUGACGUCAAAUUGGAAGCCACAUCCCCCGCCGAUUCAGCGCAUAUAGCAGACUGGGAGAGACAAAACGGCUGUUCUAUACCAUCCGAUCUGAAAGACUUCUACCUCACAAACGACGGCCUGCAGUUGACAUGGAGUUUCCAAUCACGUCAUAGUACGAUCUCACUUGGGCGUGUAGCUGUGAACAGUCUUUCAAAAUUAAACUCGCUCAACUGUACAGUACAAAAAGUUAGCAGUCUUCAACCGUCUCUCAUUGACAUUGACACAUCUGAUGACGAAGAAGAGGAUUGUUCUCGACCGAUGCCCCACUUUGACAGUCGAUCAAAGCUGUUUGAGUUGGACAGCUGUGAUCCCUAUGGCACAGUAGUUCUGGUGUAUAACGUACAAACGAAGAAAGGGGCAGCAGACCAGUCCGGUAAUAUUAGACAAGUUCUUCCAUACAUUUGGUUUUUGGAUCGAUCAUUACAAUGGCACUGGCUUGCUGAUACGUUUACAUCGUACUAUCGUUUGAUGUUGGUGCACUUGGGCCUUCCUGAAUGGCAGUGUGUAUUCACAACAACAGGACUCAGCUCUGAAGCCCAGAGAUGGUUCAACUUGUUUGUGCCACACAGAUUACAGUUGGAUAUGAACAAAGGAAUACCUUGUUUGGAAGAGCACGCAGCAUCAGAGGAAUUGUUUGUUAAUCAGCUGAACUGGAGUCGUGUUCAGAAGGCAAGGCCGCAGACAACAGAUAAACGAAGGGAGUCUUCUCUGGGGAAGAAAUCGAUGUCGUCGUCUGCUGUUAGUAAGCAACAGUCACAAUCUGCAGCAGCUGUUGCUGCCGGUGGUGCAGCAACUCGGUCAGCAUCAGCAAUGGGUUUUGCCACUCAGAGCAGCCAUCACCAACCAUCUUCCUGUGCUACGAGAUCGCAAAAGUUGUAGUAGAGAGACUGGAGGUUAGUUCAUUUCUUCCUUUUUUUUGAAAAAGAACUUACUGUAUAGAAUACAUAUUAACAUGCCAUAUUGCUAUGAUAGAAUCUGAGUCACAUGUUAAUUAUGCUAUUUCAUGAGAUUUGCUUAUGUUUAUGUGUCUUGAGUGUGUGGCGUUGUUCGAAGGUGUUGGUUAGUGCAGUAGACCCACUGCAUGCUACCAUAUGUACCUUGAUCAUUGCCAGCCAUGUCCACCAGAGGAUUGUUCCAGACAGUCAACUGUGGCACAGUCGUUGGUACUGAUGAUGUAAGAGGAAUAGGCCAACGUUGUCGACUUUCUUUGGGAACUGUGCUAUCAA